CUGCCGGCAGUUUCACUGAAUAAAUAAGACGAAGGUGCGAACCCGUGCGAAUAGUCUAAGUGAGCAGUUCAUAAAAAUCGGUGAUAAACCAGCGUUUAAAACGCGAGAAGUACCAGUAAAAUCACUGCAACAAGCAAGUGUAAGAACAACAACAGCAACAACUGGAAAUACGUAAUACCCUCGAGGCUCGCACGCACACACACGCCAACAGACAAAAUGCAACUGCAGCUGCACAACACCUUACAACAACAACAGCAAAUGCCGUUAAUACUCUUUGCUGCCACACUUGCCACCCUGCUCCGGCCCACACCGUGCCACGCCGCCUACUCCACCAACUUACACGAUGACCCUGCUGACGUAGCCGACACCGCUGCUGACUAUGACAGCUACGGCCACCACAACAGCAACAAGUAUGUCAGUAAAUGUGACAAAAAUCCAGUGGCCGCACUCACCUUCCAGCUGAGCGGCAACAACCUGCACUGGCCUUGCGAGUCGACCAAGAGCAUUUACGUCCAAUCCGGCCGGUAUGUGCCGCGCAAUGUGAUCGUGACGCGCGCCCAACUGCGACGCGAUGACGUCUUUGUGGCGCUGCCGCGCUACAAACAGGGUGUGCCAUUCACAUUGGGUCGCGUGCAAUUGAAGCGGGGUCAGUGUGUGGCCAAGAUUGCGCCAUAUCCGUGCUGGGCCAUACAAGAGGAGGGCAAUUGUCAGGCAUUGCAGUCCGUCGUCGACAUCGCUGUGGAUCCCAAUGGUCUCCUCUGGGCUUUGGACGUAGGCCUAGUGAACACAUUGGAACAACCUAUCCGCCGUUGUGGACCAAAAAUCGUAGCAAUCAACACAGCUGACAACAAAGUAGUAAAAAUCAUCGACAUGUCUGAUCUCGUAACGUCUGAGUCCCGCCUGCAGUUCAUAGUGGUCGACUACUCCAAGGACAAAAAGCCUUUCGUAUAUGUUGCCGACGCGGGAGCACGCAGCAUACUCGUCUACGAUAUAGCUGGCGGCAAAUCAUAUCGCAUCGUGUUACCCAAAGCCACUGCUCCAACUACCACCGAUGUGCUGUACAUGGCGCUCACCGCCACACCGGAAGGCACAUCGACUCUGUACUUUACGUAUCUGAGUUCACCACGCCUAUACUCCAUACGCGGACAGUAUUUGCGUGUUGGACAGGGUGCCGGUUCGCUUGUCGAUGUGGGCGCCAAGCCUUAUGGCAAGCAAAUGGUGCUGCUCGGCGCCGACGGUGGCACAAACUUGUUCUUCCGUUACAAGGGUGAAAACGACAUAUAUAUGUGGAACUCGGAGACUUGUUUCAAGGCAGCCAAUUUAAAAGAAGUACAGCAUGGCGGUGAUUGUCGUCUGUCGACACAGGUGCUACCCGGUCACAGGCGGUUCAUGUGGGUUUUGGAGAGCAAUUUCCAUGAUUUCAUUUCGGAGCGAACGGGUUGUAAUGGCGCAUCGAUUGUUCUGCAUCCCGUAGUGCGCGAAUGUGAUAACUGAGGGUCGAAUUGUGGAGAUAGUUUUAAGUGAAUUGUAUGAAGUCUAUAUAUUAAGACUUUUUUUACCUGAUUUUCUUAAAGCAAUGUAUUAUAAUUUGAUUUUUGAAUCCUUUUUUCUGAACUAUUAUCUUUAUCUUUCGCUUCCUUUUCCAAUUCUUAUUGACCUGUUGGACAUUUUUAAAGAA